GCGUCGGCCCCGCCUCCUCGGAGGGGCCGGGAGGAGCCUUCGGCGGCCAUUGUGAUUGAGGCACCUGAGCCUCGGGGAGGAACCCAACGAGUUGUUCCUCCUUGGGUCUUGACUUAAGGGAGGGGCCACAACCCGACUCCCGGAGCCCUAAAGUGAGGCAGAGGGGCUGCGCGGGCCACCGUAGCAACGAUCUCCAAGGACGCGGGUUUCCGCCCGGUUGUUUGCCAUGGCUGCGGGGGCCACGUGACCUUGGCUCAGUAUCCCGAGUCCCGUUGCUUUUAGUCUCGAGGGUACCGACAUUGUCUCUGCUUCCCCGGAAUAACUGCUUCACGGUUCUCUGAGAAGCCCGGUUUCUUUCACAUAGAUCUAUAGAAAACAUCUGGGGAAAAUGACACACUGGUUUCAUCGGAACCCACUAAAAGCCACUGCUCCUGUCUCCUUUAAUUAUUAUGGUGUAGUAACAACUCCUGCAGCUUCAAAAAUUUGCAAUGAUUUGAGAUCAUCAAGGGCACGACUGCUUGAGUUGUUCACUGAUUUGACCUGUAAUCCAGAAAUGAUGAAGAAUGCAACAGAUUCCUACUUUUCUCUUUUGCAAGGUUUCAUAAAUUCAUUGGAUGGCUCUACCCAAGAAAGCAAGUUGAGAUAUGUUCAAAACUUUAAAUGGACUGAUACAUUACAAGGACAUGUUCCAAGUGCCCAGCAAGAUGCUGUGUUUGAGUUGAUUUCCAUGGCUUUUAAUGUAGCCUUAUGGUAUACCAAAUAUGCAUCAAGAUUGGCUGGAAAAGAAAACAUAACAGAAGAUGAAGCAAAAGAAGUUCAUAAAAGCCUAAAAAUUGCAGCUGGGAUUUUCAAACAUUUGAAGGAAAACCAUAUUCCCAAACUUAUCACACCUGCAGAAAAAGGCAGGGAUUUGGAAGUUCGGCUCAUAGAUUCCUACAUUAUUCAAUGUCAAGCUGAAGCUCAAGAAGUUACAAUUGCUCGAGCAAUUGAACUCAAACAUAAUCCUGGUCUAAUUGCUGCACUGGCAUAUGAAACAGCCAAUUUCUAUCAAAGAGCUGAUCACACUUUAUCCAGUUUGGAGCCUACAUAUACUCUUAAAUGGAGAAAAUACCUUCACUUGAAAAUGUGUUUUUAUACAGCUUAUGCUUACUGCUAUCAUGGUCAGACUUUGCUGGCAAGUGAUAAAUGUGGCGAAGCAAUCAGGUCUCUCCAGGAAUCAGAAAAAUUUUAUGUCAAGGCUGAAGCAUUGUGCAAAGAAUAUGGAGAAACCAAAGGACCUGGAACAACAGCCAAACCUUCAGGACAUCUGUUCUUUAGGAAACUUGGAAGUCUAGUGAAAAAUACUUUAGAAAAAUGUCAGAGAGAAAAUGGAUUCAUCUAUUUCCAAAAAGUUCCAACAGAAGCACCACAACUUGAACUCAAAGCAAACUAUGGUCUUGUAGAGCCUGUACCCUUUGAAUUUCCUCCUGUAAAUGCACACUGGACACCAGAAAUACUGUCUGCAUUUGAUCUCACCAAAAGGCCAAAGGAUGAUAAUGCCAAACCCAAACCAGAGGAAGAAUUGAAACCAGUCAAAGAACCAGAUAUCAAACCACAGAAGGAUAGCGGCUGCCAUAUUUCCUAGAAGACCAUACGUAGAAACAAGGAACUCCUCUCUUAAGUGGAUUGGCUUAACUCUGGGACUGGAUUCUUUUUUGUGAUUCCUCUGGAGCCUGAAGGAUAAUUUGCUUCUUUUCUUGCCUUCACUAUGUCAACACUCACUUUUUUAAUAGGGUUGGGGUUUUUUAGUGCUUUAUUUCUUUAUUUCCACUUUAGUCAAGUUGACAAGAACAGCUUUUAUAGACCUUACUUUGACUUGAAGAUAUGGGAAGAGUUUUUUUUGGAGAACUCUAGAGUAGUAAUAGGUCUCAGGUUAAUAUAUUAAAUUAUAAAAAAGAAUCAUGGUUCUCCUUGUCACAACAAGGUUUGUUUUCAUUUCUCAUCUGUCAUUGAAAUCAGAGGAGAGGUACAGAUAAGAGUUGACAAAGAAAAAUCAGUUCUUACUUCCUUAUGGUUAUAUUGCAUCAUGGGACAAACCUGUAACACUCCCAAGCCAUUUAUAAUUUCUCACGUGAAACAACUUUCUUAUAAUGGAAGAAUCUGAAAAUCAUUAGCAGCUAGGCUCCUUGAUAAAUAUUUGCUUAAAAUUAAUAUUUUUAAAACCAGAAUUUCAGUGUACAUGUUGGAACAUUAAGAUAACACUUAAUUUUAUCUCUAGUUGACUAAACAUAGGCUUUGCUUCUUUUCUUGAGCUGAAUAUUUAUUUUCGAUCCCUUUUUAGAGAGCUUAUGUGACUUAAGGAACUAAUUUGUGCAUACCAAGCUUUAUAUAUCUAUAUGAAAGAAGGUAAAAAAAAAAUUAUUCCUUGGAAAUCAUACACCAUGUAACAAUGCAGAAAAUUUUUAGAAGCUUGAAAAACUACCUCUUUGGAAUUACACUGGUUACCCUCUAUUUCCCUUUCAAAGAAGUGUCCAAGUCAGUGUUUUUGGUUUCAGACUUGAAUAUUUUCUCUUUUCAUAAGGCAUUCAUCCUGUCAGAAUGAAUGAAUAAAAAAGCAUUAAUUAAGUGCUCACUACCCAUUGAGCACUGUGCUAAGCACCUUUGAAGAUACAAAUUAAAAAAAAAACAGUCCCUACUCUCCAGGAGCUCACACUUACUGAAGGAGACAAUAAAUAAAAGAAAGUGCUGCUUCAGGGCAGAGGAAAAGGUCUGGAAGUCCUGAGGGUGCAGUAACAAGGUGGAUGAUAUAGCCUGGAGGUCCUUAGGUGUGUCAGGAAAUCAGAUGACUGCCCAUGGGUCUGUUGGGCAUGUUGCAAAGACUGACAUCAUGCCCUGCGAGACCUUAGUAUUGCUUUCAGCUAGAGGAUAUUGCAGAACCGAGAGAGCAAGGAAUUAGGUAAGAGGUGAAAUAUCUGUAAACUAGAGAGCUCCAAGCAAGGCAAAGUUAGUGUAUCUAAGCGAUGAUGUUUAAGCAAAUUGUCAGUCGUUGAAAUUUAGACAUAGAAGAAGGCUUUAGAACUGGAUCAUUUAGUCUAAUUCCUUCCUUCGUAGCAUUUGAUUAUUUUGCAGUUUUCGCACUUUUACUAAAUGGUGCAUCACUAAAUACAUUUACAAAAGCCUUUUUGGUUUUGAACUGUUUAUGUAUCUCUUACUUUGGGAAAAUUACCAGAGGUUUAAUGUAAGCCAUACUGACCACAUGGUAGUCUUGCAUAUAUCACUGACUGUGGUAGUCAAGCCUAACACUAACAUUUGCUGUGCUCUGCACAUAGAAAUUUUUCGUGUAUUUUAUGUAUUAGUGCAUUUCUCCCUAGUUUUUUCAGUUUUCAUAUUGAACGUUUUAUAUGAUUCCUCCUCCCAUACAUAAAAUAACACCCAGUGCUUUUCAUUUCUUUUUUAUAAGAUAUUGUAAAUACCAAGAUUAAUGAUUGACAGCUUUUUAAGGGGUAGAAAGUGAAUAUCCUCUUUAAAGUUGACAUACAGCUAGAAUCUUCUAUCAUAAAAUUUCAAAAUCAUGUUUGGAGAUUUUUUAAAAAUAAAGGUGAAGAGAUUGCAUGAAGAUUAGACAUAUACAUUGUAUUAGCUGUUCCACAUAAUUGUCUGAUUUCAGCCAGUUCUGGUCUUCUAUUACUGUCCUAUACUGAAAGCAUUGAUUCUAUAGGCAGUUCCUGUCCCACUCACCUUUUUUUAAGAGGAGAGAUUUUACAAAUCAAGUUUCCUUAGUUCUAUUUCCCAUUAAAUAUUUAUGCUUAUACUAAGUUAAUAAGAUACCUAAUGUGCAACAAAAUCAUGAUUUUUUCACAGUAAAGUUUUUAAAAGAUACGUAUGUGUAUGUACAUAUUGUAGUCAUUGUAUCAGUUUAAUGUCAUGCGCUGUUUAAUUCUGUUUUAAUUACAUAUGUCUACAUGCACUCUUUGAUACGAGUAUUCAUCUGCCCAUCUUGGUAGAAUUUGGCCUGGGUCUAUAGCUGAUAUUAAUAUGUAGCAUAUGUAAUAUGCAGUAUUCUGAGCAUAUGGUCAGAAAGAAAACUUACCAUCAUCUCUCUACAAUGUUGUGCAACAAACUUUGCACUUUACAAACUUAAUAUUGCAUUUCCAGUGAUAUGUGAAAGUGUUUGUAAUUAUUCCUUUCCCUUUAUUGUACUGAUUACAUAAGAAUACAAUUAGUGUUCAGAUGAAAAUAUCUUUAGUGUAUGUUUUACUCUCUUCAAAAAAUAAAUUUGUAGUGCCACCUUGGAUGAUAUUAA